GCCUCGGAAGGUCAGAUAUCCAGGUUGCCGUUCGAGAGGUUCGAGCCGGCUACAGGAAAGGGCUCAGGGGAAGAAGCAACGGAGUGCUGUAUUUGUCUUUGUGAAUACGACGUCGGAGAAAAGCUCCGGAAGCUGCCUUGCCUCCACAGGUUUCACAGUGUGUGCGUUGACCGGUGGUUGCUCUCGAACAAAAUGUGCCCGAUCUGUAAAGAAAGCAUC